UUAAUUAAUGAAUCAAUCUGUUUUGGCGAGUGUUUCAUUGGUUUCAUUUUGUUUUAACUUGAAUCAAGACUCAUCUACAAGAAUCAUUAACAGAUUCCAUUAUUAAUCAUUAAGUUUUGAAAGUCGAUUGUUUAAAAUUUAAUCAAAGAAAACAGAAAUGCUCAACAGUGCAAUUUUGAUGAUGUUUUUAUAUACAAAUUUUGUAUCAUUGACAGAGGUCCACGAGAAAAUUGCUUGGGGCAACCAGGUGCACGAUCACGGCGCAUAUCCUUACUUUUGCUCUAUCCAAUAUCCAGAUCAUGAAGCCGGGCCAUCGGGAUACCGUCACUUCUGUGGUGGAACAUUGGUGCAAAGGAGAAUCAUGAUAACAACAGCUCAAUGUCUUAGAAAUGCCUCACUUGUUCCACAACUUCGCAUUCUACUCAACAGUCAAAAUUUACCGUAUUUCGACCAUAAAGAUUCCGUUUUCAAAAUUAAAAAUUAUGAGCUGCAUCCAGAUUUUUUGAAACAACGACCAUACAGUAUGCAUGACAUCGCUGUUGUACUAUUGCACGAAGCUGAUACUCGACCUGUUACUUGGCUUGAACUGCCCUUCAAACGUCUUCCAGUUGACACAGAGGUUAGGAUGUUGGGCUUUGGGCUCGUUGAAAACGAACGUCCAUCAUUUCUUUUGAGAGAAGCGACUACUUCCAUAAAAAACGAUAGAAAGUGCCUGGACGAAAAGACAGGAUUUGAGUAUGCUCCAGUUUACAAUUUCUGUACACAGAAUAGCGAGGGUGCGGGUGGAUGUUAUCAGGACGCAGGUGGUCCCGCAGUUUGGGAAGAUCCAAAUACUAAAAGGAGUUUUCUUCAUGGUGUGCUAAGCAGCGAACAGUCACCCUGUGAUAAGUUUCACACUGAUGUCUUUGUUGAUGUUUUUGCUCAUUUGGAGUUCAUAAAUGAUGCUAUUGUACGUUUUACUCGUAAUGAAUUGGGAUGUCCGAAAACUAGAAAAGCAGAAAUAUACGAUUACUGAAUGGAAAUUCAGUUAAUGAACUCCAAAAUAUAGCAUUAUGCCAUCCAUUGGCUUUAAACAAGCUUUUAAAUGUCGUAAAGUAUAUCGUCUGAUCUGAAAUGGGCGGCAUAUUGAUCUAAAGUUGUAAUUUUACACAAAAAUGAGAAAAAUUAGGACCUUUGAAAGGUCUUAAAUUGCCUUUUCAGUUUAAAGACGAUAUUUUUUGUGAUAAAACAAGUAUCUCCUAUGGAUUGGAAGGGAUUCAGAUAUGAGCAAUGAAAUGAACAAAUCGAAUAGAUUCGUUAAACCAUUUUAAUUUUAAAAUUGUUUGUUGCCU